AUGAUUGGACAGAAAAUUCUCAAAACAUACGUCGACGACAACACCUUCGAGGGGCUUUUCGUUACAGCUCCGAGUCCUCCCGCAGCUGGUCUCACUCUUAGGCGCGUGCAGUCGAAGACACUGCGGAUCAUGACAGAGGACGUGAUGGCUGGUGCAUCAACGGACAGGACCCACAGGUUGGGUUCCGGCAUGCAUCGCCGUACCUCUCUACUAUUGACUCCCGACACAAGCCAUACAUUUGGCUGUCCAAAUCCAACGACAGUGUCUCGAAAGACUCAAGACGACGCUGAGCCGGUCUCUGAAGCAAUUGUCUCUGCCACGAGGACAUCACUCACCGACCUCACUGUGCGCAGACAGAUGCGAUAUUCACGUGCGCAGCAAGCACUAGAGACCACCUUUCGCCACUGUCGCGUGGAGCCCUCUCCGCAGGAUUUGCAAAUCCGCGCGUUACGGCGUGUGACUGCACUUCUCAGUGCCCAGGCGCGUGAUGCGCAAGAGCAUGCUGCGAAAGUUCGUGCAUGUCUCGCCGGUAGAGAGGCGGUUGAGCCGCAAAACUACCGGCCGAUGCAGCGAACGCGCUGGAUGGAGGAGCGACGCGGCGCGGACAGGGACAAGCAAUCGAAGGCUGUGGACCAGUCACUAACAGCGAUAAUGAAGCCGCAAACUAAUGCUGAAAAACCCGCAGCAGAUGAUAGACCACCUACGCGCCAUCAGCUUCGACGGAGGACAAACCUGACUCGCUUCUUUGAGCGAUCGCAGACUCGUGUGCAAUUUCCUUCCAGACCGCUGUCUUCUACGUAUCACAGUGCGUCAUGCAGACGCCAGACUAUCAGCCAUGUUCGUUCCAUUAGAUUGCGCUCGCCGUCGCUCUCACAAACUCGCGUGAAGCCGCUCAAUAUGCUGCUGAAAUUGCGCCAACCACCAGGGAAGAGCAUUAUUUCUCCUUCUGGCGCUCAUUCCGAUCUGGCGGGAUCCCCUGCUCACCCUAUUAUGAAGAGUUUUCCUUCUUCUGUUACAUUGCGCACCUUCCCAAGUGUAGAAGAUCCCCCAGAAAAUUUCGACCAGAGUCUCGGCGUCGCCAGAAUCUACACGUCAUCCACUACUUUGCGACCAAGGGACGAGAUCAUCGCGGACAUGGAGAAAGUCGUCCUUCCACGUUACGCCCUCGAUCUUCUCGACGAGCUAGCGGCGACUGCGGCAGAGGUAUCCCUGGAGCCUAUCCUCGCAUCGAGGGCAACACGGGUAUCGCUGCCCUCGUUCACCCUGUCGAGCGACAGUAUCGCUCAUGCGCGGAGCCAUUCUGCGGCUGAAGGUGCUAGUAGAACGUCGCCCAGGCGAUACGCUCUCGGGAAGGGAGCCCUAUUGGACGUCCCGAUACCCCGGAAGUCGAAAUACGGCCCCUCUCCCUCCGUCUCCUCUAUCCCGGAGUCGUUCACUCUCAUGUCGCGUCCAUCGGCAGACUUGACGGACCUAGUGGGCUCUGAUCGGGAAGUGCGAGCGCGCUCUCCCAGAGCCGGAACAGACGCCCACAGGAACGGCCACAACCGCUUCUCGAUUGUAUCAGUAAAGGGAACGGGCGGUGUUAUGUCGAAGGUGAAGAGUCGGUUGGCCGCGCUCGGGCACAGAUAA